AUGGACAAGGAUGCAACGGGUUGUAAUAACGACGUGGGACGUAAAGUUGCAGAUGAGAAAGAAUCUACUGAUAAGAUUGAUAUCAACGUUAUGUUGACGGAAAAGGAAAGCAGUUUUGAUAAGAAGGAUACAAACGAAGCAUUGGAAAAUAACCUUGAGACGAAGGAAGAUGUAAAUUCCGAGAGUGUAGGAGACGAAGUAACAUUCAGUGAAAGGGUGGUUCGUACCGUUGCCUCAAUUAGUGGUGAUAGGUUAUGUCCUCCUGAUAUGAAUGUUGUCGAUCAAAUCAAUACUCUGUUCCCAACAGAACAAUCAUUAUCACAAUUGGAUUCGGUGAUGCAUUCUAUCGAGGAUGAAAUCGUUGGCUUGGACUGCCAACUGGCGAAACUUGUUGAAACUCAUGGGAAGGCUGGUGCUGAAGGAGACCAAGCCUUACAUGAGGCUCAUGCAGCGAUGGGAGACUUAGAAGGACGUGUACAUGCAGUUUGCUUGAAGACACAAUCUUCAGAAAGUGUUGUGCAGGAAAUGACUCGUGACAUUAAGCAGCUUGAUGUUGCAAAGCGAAAUUUAGUCUCAUCACUCAAAGCUCUUCAUCACCUUCAAAUUUUGUUGACUGGCGUCUAUUCACUCGGGUCGUGGAUAGACCAACAUCGAUAUGGUGAUAUUGCUUCGCAGUUACCGGCUGUUCUGAAUGUGUUGGAAAUUUUUGGCCCUUAUAUGGAAGUGGAACAUAUCAAAAAUGUCGCUGAACAACUUGAACGGCUAAAACAACGAUUAGCUAUUCAACUUAUUUUGGAUUUAAAGCGUUCAUUCCAGACAGGAAUCUUAAAUUCUUCGGUAACUGAUAUGUGCCGCGUUGCUUCAUCAUUGGAUAUAGCUAUACGAGAAGAUUUUUGCAAAUGGUUUAUAGAACAUCAGCUCUCCGAAUAUCUUGUAUUGUACGGUGAAAGUGAAAAUAUUGCUUGGAUUGAUAAAAUUGACUUAAGAUAUCGGUGGUUCGUGCAAAAAUUAACGGAAUUUGAAAAAACCGGUAUGAUGAAAGUGUUUCCUGCUGAUUGGGAUAUGGGUCGACGUUUGACCAUAGGAUAUUGUAAUUUGACGAGAGAUAUGUUAGAACGAAUGAUGUCAAAACGUUGGUUGGAACUCGAUCAUAAAGUACUCGCCCAUGCAAUCAACCAUACAGUAAUGUUCGAAAAUCUACUUUGCAAAAGGUUUCCGGCAAAGGAAGAGGAGUGCGUAAUAAGGAUCAGGAAUGGUGCUGAACGACCAACCCGAGAUACAGCGUCUCAUGCAUAUCCACUUCCAUCAUCCGCCGAUAUGUUCCUUUUGUUGAAAAAAAUAAUUGCCGAGUCAACAAAACUCAGUUCCAAUCCAAAUUCUUUACUGAGGAGUCUCGUGGAAGUACUACGCAAUUGUUUGCGUGGUUACGCUCAUGGUUGUUUAACAGCCUUCUUACCAUCCUUGUCAUCUACCCAGUUUUCGUCCACCUCAAUUUUACAAACUCUGAUGAGUCUUGUCCUAACAACUGCAGUUCGCUUAACAAUCGACCAGCAAUUUUUUACAUGCUGUGUACUUGCUACUGCUGACUGGUGCGCUGAAACAACACUACAGCUGCAAGAAAAAUUAAAGCAGCGUAUGCAGAGCAUCGAUCUGAAUCAGGAAGUGGAGCUGUUCUACAGCAUAUCAAACAGUGCACUUUCUGUUUUAGUACAAGAUGUAGAUUCCACAUGUGAUGCUGCCCUGCAAGUGAUGGUGAAGAAAAACUGGAGUGCUGUAGAGAGUGUUGGUGAUGAAUCACUAUAUGUUUCGUCAAUACGAAGUCAUUUGCGGUCGAGUGUGCCACUGAUAAGAGAUUUUUUCGUUGAUAGACGAAAAUAUUUCGCACAUUUUUGUCUGAAGCUUGCUACGCAAUUGGUCAAUAAGUUCUUGGGUGCCUUAUUCAGGUGUCGGCCAGUGGGUGUAACUGGUGCAGAACAGUUGCUUUUAGAUGCACAUGCAUUGAAGACUUUUUUAUUAAUUCUGCCAACGGUUGAAUCAUCCAUUAAUACGAAACCGCCGACAAUGUAUACAAAUGUUGUGGUAAGAACCAUGACGAAAGUAGAAAUGAUACUCAAAAUUGUUAUGUCAGAGAUAAAUUCACACGAAGAAUUUGUAUUGGCAUAUGUGCGACUGUUACCUGAUUCGGAUUCUUCGGAGUUACAGAAAAUUCUAGAAAUGAAGGCAUUGAGACGUCAGGAACAGACAAGUAUUAUACGGCUGUACAAAUCGCGUGUUGAGGGACAAUCAACUACUGUAGACCGCUUGGAGUCGCAAUCGUCAGCGAUCUCAGCACUAGAAAGUAUCGGCGAUUCGAGCAUGAGAAGGCUAGAACAACUCGUAAAGAAAAAAGCCUAA